UACCUCUCCAACUUCACCUACAUUGUUUGGCCUUAAAUUGUCAUGGCUGACCAGCAGAUUCACCGGGAAGGUUCUGAUACCUCCCUCAAUGCUUCAUUCGAUUCCAACAAUGGCUCCAACAUUGUUUCCCCUCGAUCCAGCACCGACUCCCGCACCUCAAACCGCAAUGCCCUCCGGGUGACGCACAUGCCUCCUGCAAAUCACCAACACCGGCAGAGCUUGAGUGAGACCCUGCGGGGUCCCCCAGGCUCUCCUCGUACUCGUCGCCAGCCCUCCUUAAACCAGUCUGCCCUUCAGAGCCUUAUCGACAAUCCCCCGCCACCAAGGAAUGCCGACCCAGCCUUUGUUGAUCGCGACUGGCGAGAGAUCUCCAUCGAGGAGCUUAUCAGCCCAGGUGAUCUGCGAUUUGUUGAGAUGGACACGGGAAUUGAAGAGGCAACCAAUCUGUUGAUUGACUCAGGCGCCGCGGUGUUAUUGAUUCGGGAAACUCCAGAGGACAAAUCUGCCGUCUCCACUUUUGACUAUUCGGACCUGAACACAUACCUGCUCCUGGCUGCCGGAUUGUCGUUCCCACCAGAGGAACACCGCGCAUCGUAUGAUGAGAUUGCCAAGAAAGCUCGAGAAGGCCAGAAGAUCCCGAUAAGGGACGUGAAGGGCCUAGGUGAGGAGAAAGAGCCACUAGUGACACUGCCAGCCUCAGCAAAUGUGUUGGCAGCUGUCGAGACAUUUGGAGGUGGUGUUCACCGCGUGGUAAUUACUAAAGACUUCAACGACGACGAGGUGGUUGGCAUUUUCAGCCAAUUUAGACUCGUGAAAUUCCUCUGGGAGAACGGACGCAGCUUCCCCGUAAUUGAGCAGCUUUAUCCCCAGGCUCUUCGUGAACUGCGACUUGGCUCGCAGAACGUGAUUUCCAUAAAUGGCGACAAGCCUCUCAGUGAAGCUCUUCAAGUUAUGAAUAAUGAGGGUGUCACCUCGCUUGUCGUGGUAGAUAAUCAUUACAAUGUCAUCGGCAAUAUCUCUACAACGGAUGUUAAGCUCUUAACACGUUCUUCUUCGCUGCCACUCCUUCAUAACACUUGCAUUCAUUUUAUCUCCGUCAUCCUGUCUACUCGUGGAUUGAUUGAAGGCAAAGACUCAUUCCCUGUAUUCCAUGUGAACCCAAGUUCGACUCUCGCCCAUACAGUUGCAAAGAUUGUUGCGACUCGAUCACAUCGGCUUUGGGUGACCGAUCCAGCAUCCCCAUCGUCAUCAGGGCCUCCCACACCUUCUCAUUCCGCAGUUCAUAUGCCUCUUCCAACACCCCCAUUGGGAGCUGGCCCAGCUGCUUUACCGGUCAUAUCCCCUCCAGCUUCACCCCUUCCUCAAUCGGCAGUAGCCCCGCCACCUAAUGCGCCUGCUCCCCACCUCCCAACAUCACAGCCCCCAUUUUCUCACUCCCCUACAGCCACUCCACCUCUGGCUCCUUCAAUUCCAGCCUCUGCAAUGCCAGGUGCGCGACUGUCUGGGCGAUUGGUUGGUGUGGUGAGUCUCACUGAUAUCUUAAAUCUACACGCUCGCGCCAGUGGCCUCAGCCCUGCCGACCCAGAUGACUCCCGACGCCGACGACGGAGCAGCUCAACGUCAAGCAUGAACGUUCGUCCGAGCUCCGAGAUUGGCCGUGAGCUUUUCAGCCGCGGUGGACUCUAG